UAAUUGAGAAUGAAUAUAUAUGAUUUGGGACUAAACAGAGGUUUCUUCUCCGAUGGAAAGCAAAUAAGUCAUCAAGACAUCAACCAUAGACUAAACACAACACCACCAGACUCACACUUAAAAAUGGCUGCCAAUUUCUGGACCUCCUCUCACUACAAGCAGCUUUUUGACCAAGAAGAAGUAGAUGUGGUGCACCCACUAGACAAAGAAAAGGGCAUAACUCUUGAAGAUUUCAAGAUCAUCAAGACGCAGAUGGCAAUUUAUAUAGGCAUUUUGGCUCAACAAGUUAAAGUGAGGCAAAGGGUUGUCGCUACUGCAGUUGCAUAUAUGAGGCGUGUCUAUACCAGGGUUUUUUUUUUUAUCUCAAAAUGUAUAUUCGGCCAUCCUACAUAUUUAGCUGGAAGCUUCUGUCACUGGUACAAUCUCCUGGGCUGCAAUGCCUCAAAGAGCAUGUCAGAAUACGAUCCACGUCUUGCAGCCCCAACUUGCUUGUAUUUGGCAUCAAAAGCAGAAGAGAGCACAAUUCAAGCCAGAGUUCUUUCAUUUUACAUAAAAAAAUUAUAUUCUGAUGACAAGUAUAGAUAUGAGAUCAAAGAGAUACUUGAGAUGGAAAUGAAGAUUUUGGAAGCUCUUAACUUUUAUCUAGUUGUAUUUCAUCCUUAUCGUUCAUUGCCUCAAUUUUUGCAGGAUGCUGGCAUAAAUGAUAUAAACAUGACUCAAUUGACAUGGGGACUUGUCAACGACACGUACAAGAUGGAUUUGAUUCUUGUACAUCCCCCACAUAUUAUUGCUUUAGCCUGCAUAUACAUUGCUAGCGUGUAUAGAGAAAAAGAUUCGACAGCAUGGUUUGAAGAGCUCCGUGUAGAUUUGAAUGUGGUGAAAAAUAUUUCAAUGGAGAUGUUAUAUUUUUAUGAAAGCCAUAGAUUGAUUACAGAGGAGAGAAUUACUGCUGCUUUCAACAAACUGAAACCGUAAAUGGUUUGGCGAUCCCUAAUCCUCAACUCAAAAGGAGAACUCCUGUCAAAUGCCAUUGAAUCUAUGUAAAGAAAUUGUUUAGCCCUCGUCAAGAGCCCGGUUCCUUUGGAUUGUGGAGUUAGGAUAACUAGCCUUUGUAUUCACUCGAGAUUCUCUUUGGUGUGUAUAAUCUGAAAAUUCCAUGCGCCUGCCCGCAUGAUACCUGUAUGUGUUUCAAAUUAAUGAGAGCUUAAAGCUUCAAAACUGA